CGGGCAAGAUGGCGGCCGAGCAGCGGGAGCCGGCGGUGGUCGAUGUGGAAGGCUGUGCCUUCUGGUCCUAGAGUCCCCCGCUAUGGGAAACGUUCUCUGCAUGUGUACUGUCGACCUUUCAGUGUCCCCAUUCUUCUGAAUUCCACAGUGAACUUCCUGGCUUAUGAUGAAGCCAUCAUGGCCCAGCAGGAUCGGAUCCAACAGGAGAUAGCGACGACGAACCCGCUGGUGUCAGACAAGUUGGACUUGUCGGUGCUCUACAAAGAAUAUGCGGAAGAUGACCAGGUUUACCAGUUAAAGGUCAAGGACCUGCACAAUCGGUACUGCUGCAUACGCAAGACCCGGCCCGACGGGAACUGCUUCUACCGGGCGUUCGGCUUUGCUCACCUCGAGGCACUCCUGGACAACAGCAAAGAACUACAGAAGUUUAAGGCAAUAGCCUCCAGAAGCAAAGAGGACCUAGUGACCCAGGGCUUCACCGAGUUCACCAUCGAAGACUUCCACAACACGUUCAUGGACGUGAUCGAGCUGGUGGAGAAGCAGGGCUCCCUGGCCGACCUCCUGACGGCCUUCAAUGACCAGAGCACGUCGGACUACCUGGUGGUCUACCUCCGCCUCCUCACCUCGGGCUACCUGCAGCGCGAGUCCGGCUUCUUCGAGCACUUCAUCGAGGGCGGGCGGACAGUCAAGGAGUUCUGCCAGCAGGAGGUGGAGCCAAUGGCCAAGGAGAGUGACCACAUCCACAUCAUCGCGCUGGCCCAGGCGCUGGACACCUCCAUCCGCGUAGAGUACAUGGACCGUGGCGAGGGCAACAGCACCAACCAGCACGUCUUCCCCGAGGGCUCGGAGCCCCGUGUCUUCCUCUUGUACAGGCCGGGACAUUACGACAUCCUGUAUAAAUAGGCAGAGUGGCUCGUGUUUGUACAGUGUUUCCGUGGUUGUAAAUGAUGGGCUGAAGCCCCACUCCCCACACCCCACUUUGUUACUGAAGUUGUCUGACUGACUGGGGGGAGCUGGCCUCGCACACUCUCACUCUCACAUGUACACACCCACAUACGUGUGCAUGUAUACACACUCUACCAUGCAUGCAUGUCCCUCUCUUUCACAUACCCCCAUCUCUCUCCCCCAUUCCUCCCCCCUCCUCUCCCCACCCUUCUCUCAAAACCCUCUCUCCUCUCCCCACCCCUCUCUCAAAAUCCUUUCUCCUCUCCCCUUCUCCCCCACCCCUCUCUCUCCUCUCCCCACCCCUCCUCUCUCAAAACCCUCUCCUCUCCCCCACCCCUCCUCUCUCAAAACCCUCUCUCCUCUCCCCACCCCUCUCUCCUCUCCCCACCUCUCUCAAAAUCCUUUCUCCUCUCCCCCACCCCUCUCUCCCCUCUCCCCUUUCUCCCCCUCCCACCCCUCUCUGCCCCUCUCCGCUCCCCUUCCCACUCCUCCUUCCUCUCCCUCUACUCCUGCACACACUUCGCUCACUCGCUCCUUUCCUUCUGAAGUUGAGAUGGUUUCUUUGCUGUCAAUCCCCAAAUCCUCCCGCUCCCUCACCCCUUUCCCCUCCCCUCCCGUCUAUCCCAAUAGCCUCCACCCUCUGAUCCCCUCUCCUCCGGUCACCAACUCCGUACUGGCCCCCCCACCGCCUCUGACCCCCUCCUCCUACCACC